GCAGCAAUCUGUUUUUGAUUUUUAACGCUUCUCUCCCUCCUACCACCACCAUCCUACUACAACUUCGCUGGUCGACCUUCAAUCCUAAUGUUUUAUAAUGUCUGAUACUUCCCAUUCACACAAUUAUGGUACAAGAAUAAGGAAUAACUCAAUCCUUAAACCAAGUCCACGUCUUCGUCAAUCACCACAACCAAGGCGUAUAAAACCAGUACCACAACCUGACCAACCUCCACAACAACAACAACAGCAACAGUAUCCCAUAUUUCCAUUACCAAAUGUUAUGCUACAUCCAGAAGACGCUACUAGCAAGGUCUUUCAUGCUAUCGGUCGUUGCUUUCUCAGCGUGGACAAUCGAGCCAUGACGAUCAAGGACCUUGCGGAAAUGACCCUAAACUACGGCCUCAUGUGUCAGAAUGUCUCUGCUGCUUCACAAGCAAUAACAACUUACAUACGCAACCAUCUCGCACGAUGCGAAGCUCAACAAGAUCACCCCCUUUUACUUCGUCACGUCCUUUCAGGAACUCCUGCUGACGAUGAUCUCGUACCUGCACUCCAUUCCCGUGUAGGAGGCGCGCCACUACAAAGGCAGCCCCUCGACACCACGUGUAUCCCCACCGGCCGUAACACAAACUUUCGUCGUGGCACAAUCGUAUGGUACCUCUCAAAAGCUAGUGGCGUAUCUUGCCCUUUCGCUCGUGCUGGUAUCCUCCUCUCAAAUUACCCGUCUUCAAAUUCAAAUCCAAAGCCUCGAAAGCAAUCUCAUGAUCCAACAGAAAAGUGUGGAGAAAAGCGCAAAAGACUCAUCUCCAGACGCUGUCGCGCCACUGACAGACCAUCUUCGGAAAGUGCCAGCCCACCUCCCAGCUCCAGUCCUAUCGAUAGUGGUUACGCAGAGAGUGCAUCCAGUUCUUCCGACGACGACGAAGAAGAAGAAGAAGACGAACCUGAAAGACCUCCAAAAGUCAAACUCACGCUCCGUCUUCGUCCAUCUCCCGUUACCACAACUCCGGACAUAAUCGAUCUCUCCAAUGACGCCUCUUCUGAAGAUGAUAUAGUCGAUAUGUCUCCUGCAGUGCCCGAUAUCAUGCCAGAACCAUUUUGCCUCCCUCCCUACCCUCGCAGAUCAAUCGCAGUCCCAUGUUACACCCCCGUAUCCCCCCCAACACGCACCUCCCUUCAAUAUGUCUUUCCCCCGCCACCCAUCGACCAAUCAAGGGGAAGUGCAUCACCCCCACCAGAUUCUGACCACGAAGAAGAGGGUGACUUUGAUUUUGAUUUCUCCAGCGAUGAAGAGGAAUCUCGGGGCGCGAGCGUAAAGGUAGAAGAAGAGGGGGAUGAUAUCAGUAUCGGCGCAAGUCAUAAAGAAAAGAACGUGAGAGACAUGCUAGAUGCCUGGGAGGACCUCGAUUUCAAUCGUGCGCGCUCAUAUUCAUGCCCAGAGUCUCCUUUUGGCUUCGCUUUGGUGGCGCGGGAUAAUGAAAGUCGCCAUGUAGGGGCAUCUGAGGUCAAGGUGGAGGAACUUGAAAUGUGGGAAUGGGAAUUUGAUAGUGGCUGGCCUGGCGCGUGUGUGGAGGUUGAGGUGAAGAAGGAAGAUGCUUCAGAGUCGCUGAGGUUGUCGCCUGCGGUUGGACCGUGGAGCGCUUAUCCGCUUUCUCCUAUGUCGCCACUUACUCCCUCUCCGACGUCUCCGUCUUCGAGUACAGGGUUUACGUUCCAUUUCUCGCCACCUUCGUCGUACUCGCCACGCGCAUCAGGUUCCCCCUCUCGGGUGGCACACUCGAAGAAACCUUCUCUCGAGCGCAGGGACAGUGUACUGGACUGGCAGGACGCAGAACUACUUGGCCCUGACAGCGUGCAUAUAGCCGAGCUGGAACUGGAGUGGGAAGAGGGGACUAGACGGACACGAUUUGUAUCGCCAUCACCGGGCGCUUUAAGUGAAGAUGCUCAAAUGGCUGAUCCCGAGCCUCUCCCCGAACGCAAAGAGCAAGUAGUAGUCGUACACACGUGCGUGCCCUGCGAUCCGCCUGUGAGCGCUACGCAAGUCGAAGGGAUACCGGUGUUUCAGACUACGCUACCUUUGCGCCCCCCGCAUACACAGACUGACACGAACGCUCCUUCGCAGGCUAGACACAGAUUUCGUGAACCUCACGCCUCUCCUGGCUGCAUUCUCCCCUUGCCCAUAUCCCUCCCUUCCAUCAAGCGCCGUACGCUUCGACCACCCCAACCCAGCUGUCGCAGGUAUCUGGGUCUCUCUCGACAGUGCCCGUCAGUUCCUACAAACUCAGCCUUUGCCCACAAACCUAAAUGAAGAAGCUCAAAUGAUGAGAAAGAGCGUCGAGGUGUUUUUGAGCGAUGAGCUUGUGAUGAGGUUUCCGAGCGCGUUGAGGGAUUUUUGGAGGGCUAGUAAGCCUGGGAGGAUGUUGGGGCCAGUUUGGGGUUUGUUU